AUGAAGAACUACGCAGGGUCAUAUAUUAACGGCCCCUUGCGACAGUACAUAGUGGGAACAGCAAUACAAAAUUUGGUUUGUUGUCGAACUCUACUGCAACAAUGGGAUGAAGCUAUAAUCAAGAACCCAAAGCAUCAGGAAUCAAAUGUGUUUCAUCACAACGCAAACAUCACAUUAUCGGACGCCCAACUCGCCAAUGACUUUGCACAGCUGAAGCGGGUCCUCCAAGGUACGUCGUAUAAGUCCAGCCUCAUCGUAGGACCAGAUGUGACUGUCACUCAUGCAUCUGGGGUAAAAGGAUUUUUUUCUCAUGGUGGGGCAAGCGCCGUUGAUGUCGUGAGCUUCUAUCACUAUUACGUCAAUGGUGAAACCUCGAAGGUUUCUGAUUUCUCAAAUCCUGCAACACUUGACAGUCUUGUUGGACUGGUAAAGAGCGCUAUUUCCGCCGUGCAUGCUGUUGCGCCAGGAAAGCCAGUAUGGCAGGGGGAGACAGCAUCAGCUUACAAGGGAGGAACCCCCAACGCCUCUGAUAGAUACGCCUCCGGUUUCCUGUGGCUUGAUAAACUUGGCGUCUCGGCUAGAUAUGGAAUUAAAGGCGUAUUGCGACAGGUCCUCCUCGGCGGACAGAAUGGUCUUAUAAGCUCCUCCAACGAUCCCCUACCUGAUUUCUGGCUGACGGUUCUGUACAAGAGGUUGGUUGGUAACAAAGUAUUUGAUGUUCCCUCUUCAACUAAAAACCUCCGGAUCUAUGCCCACUGCACCAAACACACGAACAUGUACAACUACAAACCAGGAAGUGUAACGGUGUAUGUCCUGAACGUGAACACGGCGUCAGCACAACUCCACUUCCCACAUCUACACAGCCAGCAUCACAUGGACGUCUUCUGGCUCACACCUGAUGGGGGGAAUGUGGAGGCAGGGAAGGUUCAUCUCAAUGGAAAACUACUGGCGUUCGUCAACAGCCAGAUACCUCAACUGUCACCGAAAACUGCCACAACCGGGUCAGUGACUGCCCCCGGAAAGUCCUUCGGCUUCAUCGUAAUGCCUGACGCUAAUGUUGCAGCAUGUAAAUCGCAAAGUCACGGCCCCAUUAUUGGCUAACAGUGCAAUUGUAAUUGUUAUUACAAUAAAUAUUUUGUCUUACUUA